AAGCCAGAAACGCUAGCAUUAAACGUGUCAGUUGUAGCUCAACCGCCUAAUCGAAAAGUUUGCCGAAAACCGUGUUCCACUUCAACUUCGCCUCAAUUCCCAAUCAAUUAUAACAAUCUUCCAGGCGCUGAAAAGAACAAAAUAAAAAUAAAUAAUUAAAUUAUAAACGACUGUGCGUACAUAACUAAAUAAUCUAGAACCUAUUUUACCUCAAUAAAUAAUUGGUUCAAGGGAACCCGUACAAGCGACAAAGUUUGUUGUUUUGUAAAUACCAACACAUACUCACCUACUCAUAUUUACAAACAAAUAAACGACUCCCACUCCCUUCGAAUAGUGAAUCCUUUUCUGGCACCAACGUGAAAAUCUGAGUUCUUCUAAGUGCGCGCAGAAAAGCAUUUUAUAAACGAAUUCUGCGGAACAUAAAAAAUUCUAUGCGAGGCUUGCCAAUUUAAUAAUUUGGAAAAUAUUUAGCCAGGCGCUGAAGUGCAAGGACAACGAACGGUUUUAAGUAACUCUACUAAUCAACGGCAAACGGGGUUUCUGCGGAGAAGCAACGAAGAUUAGUGCAGCAGAAAGGAGUAAGCUCGGGCCCUGUGAACCAGGAUAUCAAAGACGACAAUUGGCCAUGGGUAGCAAUAUCAUACAACUACCUUGGGUACCGAAUUUUCGUGGCGGCAAAAUUGCCGCGGAGAUUUCUAGUCCGGGACCAGCGUGUGUGCAAUUACCAACUUUAGUCGGCAAAAAAGUGCCUGACUCAAAGAAACCAGGCGCUCCAGCAUUUUCUUUUGGUCAAAAACAUCGCAGAAAUUACGAUUCGAUUGGACCAGGACCAGCACAAUACGACGUCACUGGCUUGGGCAUGAAAGGCAAAGCUACACCAACAGCUGCAAGUUUGCGCAGCCGUCCCAAAGAUAAGAUAGUUUUCACCACACCCGCACCGGGGGAAUACGAUGUGGACCGUGGUGCAAAAGCCAUCAUCGAUGCAACGCCAAAGUACUCAUUUGGACAAAAACCGCCUAAGGAGAAGCCAAGCCUAACACCUGCUCCAAAUAGUUACUGCCCUGAGGUAUCAUUUAUUAAAAAAAAAUCACCGAGCUACACUUUUGGUAGAAGAACGAAGCUCAACUUCGAUAAGGGGACACCAGCACCUGGAGAGUAUCAACCGGAAAAAGUUCGCCUAGACCACAGCCCCGCAUACUCAAUUGCGGGAAGACAUGAGCUUAAAAAAACCACCGAUUCUCCGGCACCGGGAGCAUAUUGCCCUGAAAAUGUUCGUCUUGAUCAUGCUCCUGCUUACACAAUAAGUGGUAGACAUAGAACUGUGGCUCAAAGUGAUACCCCUGCCCCUGGGGCGUAUUGUCCCGAAAAAAUUCGAUUAGAUAGCACACCUUCGUAUACAAUAAGCGGUAAGCAUGGAAUCAUUUCAAUACAAGACUCCCCAGGUCCAGCGAAUUAUUGUCCCGAAAAAGUGCGACUUGAUCACACUCCCGCGUAUACUAUGGCCGGAAAACACAAUCCCAAAAUAAGUAACAACACACCCGCUCCUGGAGAUUAUUGCCCCGAGAAAAUGAAAUUGGAUAAUACACCGGCCUACACCUUUGGAGGGAAGUAUGAUCCAAAAUACAGUAACAAUACUCCUGCACCAGGUGAUUAUUGUCCCGAAAAAGUUCGACUGGAUCACACUCCAGCCUAUACUAUGGCCGGAAAACACAAUCCCCAAAUAAGUAACAACUCACCCGCUCCUGGAGAUUACUGUCCCGAGAAAGUGAAAUUGGAUAAUACACCGGCCUACACCUUCGGAGGGAAGUAUGAUCCAAAAUACAAUAACAACACUCCGGCACCAGGUGAUUAUUGUCCCGAAAAAGUUCGACUGGAUCACACUCCUGCCUACUCCAUGGGUGGACGACAUGACUUACAAAAGCCCAGUGAUACACCAGCUCCAGGAGCUUAUUGUCCCGAGAAUGUGCGACUCGAUCAUAAUCCAGCGUUUACGAUGGCUGGAAAACACGAUCCCAAAAUAAGUAACAACACACCCGCUCCUGGAGAUUACUGCCCCGAGAAAGUGAAAUUGGAUAAUACACCGGCCUACACCUUCGGAGGGAAGUAUGAUCCAAAAUACAAUAACAAUACUCCGGCACCAGGUGAUUAUUGUCCCGAAAAAGUUCGAUUGGAUCACACUCCUGCCUACUCCAUGGGUGGACGACAUGACUUACAAAAGCCCUGUGAUACACCCGCUCCAGGAGCUUAUUGUCCCGAGAACGUGCGACUCGAUCAUAAUCCAGCGUUUACGAUGGCCGGAAAACACGAUCCCAAAAUAAGUAACAACACACCCGCUCCUGGAGAUUACUGUCCCGAGAAAGUGAAAUUGAAUAAUACACCGGCCUACACCUUCGGAGGGAAGUAUGAUCCAAAAUACAAUAACAAUACUCCGGCACCAGGUGAUUAUUGUCCCGAAAAAGUGCGACUUCAUCACACUCCCGCGUAUACUAUGGCCGGAAAAAACGAUCCUAAAAUAAGUAACGACACACCCGCUCCUGGAGAUUAUUGCCCCGAGAAAGUGAAAUUGGAUAAUACACCGGCCUACACCUUCGGAGGGAAGUAUGAUCCAAAAUACAAUAACAAUACUCCGGCACCAGGUGAUUAUUGUCCCGAAAAAGUUCGUCUGGAUCACACUCCAGCCUACUCCAUGGGUGGACGACAUAACUUACAAAAGCCCAGUGACACACCAGCUCCAGGAGCUUAUUGUCCCGAGAAUGUGCGAAUGGAUCACACUCCAGCCUAUACUAUGGCCGGAAAACACGAGCCCAAAAUAAGUAACGACACACCCGCUCCUGGAGAUUACUGUCCCGAGAAAGUGAAAUUGGAUAAUACACCGGCCUACACCUUCGGAGGGAAGUAUGAUCCGAAAUACAAUAACAAUACUCCGGCACCAGGUGAUUAUUGUCCCGAAAAAGUUCGAUUGGAUCACACUCCUGCCUACUCCAUGGGUGGACGACAUGACUUACAAAAGCCCUGUGAUACACCCGCUCCAGGAGCUUAUUGUCCCGAGAACGUGCGACUCGAUCAUAAUCCAGCGUUUACGAUGGCCGGAAAACACGAUCCCAAAAUAAGUAACAACACACCCGCUCCUGGAGAUUACUGUCCCGAGAAAGUGAAAUUGGAUAAUACACCAGCCUACACCUUCGGAGGGAAGUAUGAUCCAAAAUGCAAUAAAAAUACUCCGGCACCAGGUGAUUAUUGUCCCGAAAAAGUCCGACUCGAUCAUAAUCCAGCGUUUACGAUGGCCGGAAAACACGAUCCUAAAAUAAGUAACGACACACCCGCUCCUGGAGAUUACUGUCCCGAGAAAGUGAAAUUGGAUAAUACACCGGCCUACACCUUCGGAGGGAAGUAUGAUCCAAAAUACAAUAACAAUACUCCGGCACCAGGUGAUUAUUGUCCCGAAAAAGUUCGACUGGAUCACACUCCAGCCUACUCCAUGGGUGGACGACAUAACUUACAAAAGCCCAGUGACACUCCAGCUCCAGGAGCUUAUUGUCCCGAGAAUGUGCGACUCGAUCAUAGCCCAGCGUUUUCGAUGGCUGGAAAACACGAUCCCAAAAGAAGUAUAGACACACCCGCUCCUGGAGAUUAUUGCCCCGAGAAAGUGAAAUUCGAUAAUACACCGGCCUACACCUUCGGAGGGAAGUAUGAUCCAAAAUACAAUGAAAAUACUCCGGCACCAGGUGAUUAUUAUCCCGAAAAAGUCCGACUCGAUCAUAAUCCAGCGUUUACGAUGGCCGGAAAACACGAUCCUAAAAUAAGUAACAACACACCCGCUCCUGGAGAUUACUGUCCCGAGAAAGUGAAAUUGGAUAAUACACCGGCCUACACCUUCGGAGGGAAGUAUGAUCCAAAACACAAUAACAAUACUCCGGCACCAGGUGAUUAUUGUCCCGAAAAAGUUCGUCUGCAUCACACUCCUGCCUACUCCAUGGGUGGACGACAUGACUUACAAAAGCCCAGUGACACACCAGCUCCAGGAGCUUAUUGUCCCGAGAAUGUGCGACUGGAUCACACUCCAGCCUAUACUAUGGCCGGAAAACACGAGCCCAAAAUAAGUAACGACACACCCGCUCCUGGAGAUUACUGUCCCGAGAAAGUGAAAUUGGAUAAUUCACCGGCCUACACUUUUGGAGGGAAGUAUGAUCCAAAAUACAAUAACAACACUCCGGCUCCAGGUGAUUAUUGUCCCGAAAAAGUUCGACUGGAUCACACUCCUGCCUACUCCAUGGGUGGACGACAUGACUUACAAAAGCCCAGUGACACACCAGCUCCAGGAGCUUAUUGUCCCGAGAAUGUGCGACUUGAUCACACUCCAGCCUAUACUAUGGCCGGAAAACACGAUCCCAAAAUAAGUAACAACACACCCGCUCCUGGAGAUUACUGCCCCGAGAAAGUGAAAUUCGAUAACACACCGGCCUACACCUUCGGAGGGAAGUAUGAUCCAAAAUACAAUAACAAUACUCCGGCACCAGGUGAUUAUUGUCCCGAAAAAGUUCGACUGGAUCACACUCCAGCCUACUCCAUGGGUGGACGACAUAACUUACAAAAGCCCAGUGACACACCAGCUCCAGGAGCUUAUUGUCCCGAGAAUGUGCGACUGGAUCACACUCCAGCCUAUACUAUGGCCGGAAAACACGAGCCCAAAAUAAGUAACGACACACCCGCUCCUGGAGAUUACUGUCCCGAGAAAGUGAAAUUGGAUAAUACACCGGCCUACACUUUUGGGGGGAAGUAUGAUCCAAAAUACAAUAACUACACUCCGGCUCCAGGAGCUUAUUGUCCCGAGAAUGUGCGACUUGAUCACACUCCCGCGUAUACUAUGGCUGGAAAACCCGAUUCCAAAAUAAGUAAUGACACACCAGCUCCGGGCGAGUACUAUCCCGAAAAGGUUCGACAAGAUCACACACCGUCCUUUACCAUAACCAGUCGCAAGUAUUUGACUCAUGUCGACAACACUCCAUCUCCAUGCGAUUACAAGCCCGAGGAGUGUAAGCUUGACUAUUCGCCAGCGUACACCUUUGGCAUGAAGGUAAACACAGUCGUAAGAAGCGAAUCACCAGCACCAGGACAAUAUCAGCUAGAGAAAAUUAAUUUGGAUCGAGGACCCGCGUACACGUUCGGCAUAAAGGUGACUCGUGACAUAGUCAGUGAGACCCCAGCACCCACUGCUUAUGAACCAGAAAAGCACACCCUCGAACAUGCACCCUCCUUUACUUUUGGGUUAAAACCCAAGGACGACAGACUUGCUUUGAAUGCGCCAGCACCUGGCCAUUAUCGUCCUGAAAACUAUAAAUUAGAUAAUUCACCCGCUUUUACGUUUGGUUUGAAAGUUCCACCCAUGCCAGCUCUUCCAAAGGGUGCUUAUGUAGAAGAUCGCAUUUUACAAAGACGUGAACGGCGUUUAGCAAGUCCCGUUCGCACCAAUCAAAAUCAGAAUAAACUUAACGAUGAUGAUGUAAAUUCCAAAACAACGGUUACCGUAACCGAAGUCUGUGCCAAUAAUCUCGACCACACACCCACAUCGAUAAUCACCACAACCACGAGAGUAAUGGGUGAGCAAGGUGAGCAAAAAAUGAGCAAAGAAAUUCGAAAACACAACGGUAGUGACAUUAAGGCAAACAGCACGGCUAUCAGCACCACACAGCACACCACCAGCGGCACACUCAGGAAUGGCUUAGAAGCUGUUAAGUCGAGUUCGGGCAAUGCAAGUUCUAAACUGAUCACCACCACUACCACAAUGCGCACAGUUGCAAAUGGUGUACAAGAUAACGGUAGGGAAUUUCGCACUGCACAGGGGAAAUCCGAUGCGGCAGCGUCCAAGUCUGCUGGUUCAGUCACCAAAACAGUAGUUCAACCGGACGGCACAACUGUCACAACAACCACAACUUCAAGAACUUCAGCAGUCAAAUACGCUGUAGAGGCGAGUGCUACACACGAAAAAAUUACAAGCUCCUAACGUCUAUAAAAUCCCCACCGUCUUGGGUAUUAGCAAAGAAGGUCCUAUACGUUCGGCACCGGCUUUCACAAUGGCCGGUAGACAAAA